AUGAACAAAGAGAUAUUGGCUCUGGAACAGAACAACACUUGGAAACUGGUUGAUCUACCUGCAGGAAAGAAGCCCAUAGGUUGCAAAUGGGUUUAUAAGGUGAAGUUGAAAGCUGAUGGAAGCCUAGAAAGAUGCAAAGCCAGACUAGUUGCUAAGGGAUUCAAUCAAGAGUAUGGGAUAGACUAUGAAGAAACAUUCAUCCCAGUUGUGAAGAUGAGUAUAGUCAGAUGUUUAAUAGCAGUAGCAGCUAGCAAAAAUUGGCCUUUGUUUCAAUUGGAUGUAAAUAAUGCAUUUUUGCAUGAAGAUUUGAAAGAGGAAGUCUACAUGAAAGUCCCUAAAGGUGUUUCUAAUCCAGGAAACAAAGUAUAUGAAUCACAUAUCAACAUAGAUUCUGUAUAUGUUGAUGAUGUGAUCCUUACUGGGACAAAUGUUGCAAAAUUAGAGGACUUGAAGAAGCAUUUGCAUCAAGAAUUCAGCAUCAAGGAUCUAGGCACACUCAACUAUUUUCUGGGGAUUGAAGUAGGGUAUACUGCAGAUGGUGUAAUCCUCACUCAGAAAAAUUUCACAAGAGAAUUGCUGCAAGGUUGCGGUUUCAACAUUGACAAAAGAGCAGUCACUCCAUUGCCAAUGCAUUUGAAACUUUCUGCUACUGAAGGUGAUGUAUUUCCUGAUGCAGAAAAGUACAGAUCACUGGUAGGAAAGCUCAACUUCUUGACCCAAACAAGACCUGAUCUUUCCUACACUGUACAGACUUUAAACUGGGCAUCCUGCCUUGAUUCCAGACGUUUUAUUAGUGGUUUUGUGUUGCUGUUAGGGGGUUCCCCAAUAUCUUGGAAGUCAAAGAAACAAGGCACAAUAUCCAAGUCAUCUGCUGAGGCAGAGUAUAGAGCUAUGGCUGCUGCAACAUCAGAGUUCACUUGGAUUGUCAAUUUACUGGAAGUAUUGGGGGUUACAAACUUGGAAGUAUCAGGGAUGGUCUAG